UUAGUUCAGGUAAAAUGGCAACACUGAAGGCAUAUCUGACCAGCAAAGAUGGACCGGAUUAUCCUCUUGUGCGUGGUUUCCACCUGUCUCUCAGCUGUACAUGCCCAGAAAUUUUUGUUCAGCCCAAAAUGGGGCCCCAUUGGCUAUAAAGAGCGUGAGGAGAACGGUGAUGGGACAGCAAUGGAUGAAAUCAUUAAAGCUAAUGAGUUCCAAGCUUCCAGAAUCAUUGACGGCACUACUAGUCUCAGAGAGGGAGACAUUGCUGUUUCUGCUGGAAGGCGCUCCAAAGUCUGCUUUGCACGGAGCUGCCUCUGGUCUAAGUCAGUUGAUGGACAUGUCUACAUUGCAUACAGGCUCUCACCUGAAUAUUCUGAAAUGGAGACAAAGCUGAUAAAGAAAGGGAUGGAGAACAUAGAGAAAGGUACCUGUGUGCGGUUUGUUCCUCGGACUCACCAGCGAGACUACGUCGACAUCCAGCCAAAGUCUGGGUGUUGGUCCUACCUUGGUUCGCGUGGUGGAAGACAGACCAUAUCUCUCCAGAGCCCUGACUGCCUCCAAACUGGAGUGAUUUCCCAUGAAUUCAUGCAUGCCCUGGGCUUUGUGCACGAGCAGUCUCGUUUUGACCGGGACAACUAUGUCACCAUCAUGUGGCCAAACAUUUGGAGGGAUCGUUUGAGGAAUUUUGAGAAAUUCAAGACUGACAGUCUGGACCUACCAUAUGACUAUGGUUCAAUCAUGCACUUUGGGAUGUAUGCCUACUCUCAGGAUGGGGAGCCAACCAUCAUUCCUAAGAACAGCAAGAACAUAAAACUGGGCCAGACAUCAACUCUCAGCCACAUUGACAGGCUGAAAAUCAACAAGCUUUAUAAAUGUGGUGACAAGGAUGAUUACUAACCAAACUGAGUGUGGAUGAAACAGGAGUCUACUAGAAGCUAAUAUUAUACUUCAAAAUUAAAUCAUGGAAACAAUUUCAAUAAAGAUUGAUUCACGCUUUCUAUCAGCAUUUCCGAUGUGUGCAUGGAAUUGUGUGAGUUUAAACGAGAUGUGUUGCUUAUGUUGAGAAGGCUGAGAAAGUUAUAGUGAAGCAGUGUUUGAACUAGCCAUCCAAGUGUCACCAUCUACCCUAUACGGCAUAAGUCAUUUCAUAAAUCAGUCAGAUAUGACUUGAUUGUGAAGAAAAUGUCAUCCUAAUUGCAUGCAAGCUUUACACCGCAGUAAAAUAAAGAAUCUGAAGAAUUAAAA